AUGGCCGCGUCGAAGAUGAAGACGGCGGCAGUAGGCAGCGCGAAUUGGAUACAGAGCGAACGAGAUCAGGCUCGCGUGUUUGUUGAUCAGGAAGCCGAGGAGUUUAGCUUCAGUGUGAGGAAUGAUCUGGAAUGGCUGAACGAGCACAUGGCCGAGGUGCUCAGUGAUGGGAAUGUAAAUCUGGCCGACAUCUUCAAGACGCCCGGCAAACUACGCGGCAAGACGCCCCGGACAGCGCGUAAGACUAAUGCUCUCCCACCCCAACCCCGACAACCACUCACCGACAUCUUCGCGCCAAACACCCAAAUCGCGCCCUUGAUAGCGCCGAAGAAUGCCAUUUUCAACGAGAAGGUCGCGCAUUUCCACAUCGCGGAAGACCAGGACACUGGGACCACUCGACCCACCAGCCGUAGCAAGAGCCCACAACGCGUUGGUAAGCCGGGCAACACGGACUCGGGAUAUCAUGGCAUGACAGAGGAUGAGAUGGAGGCGGAUGCCAAGACCGAGACCGAGACGAACACUGCUUCCGCUUCUAGUCAAGGGCGCCAGGAGGAGGAGGGACACGUCUCACAACAGGUGCCGGUGAGGGAGGAUCAGGCGAGGCCACAGCCUGUGCGAAUGGAUACGGCGGAGGGCGGGGAUGAGUCGUUCAUGUCUGCCAAGGAGGAUCAGACUAGUCGGAAUGCUUCGAGGGAGGGACUGCGAGAGGAGGCUCAUGUUGAGGUGGAGAUUGUGGAUAAUGACGAGGAGAAUAUGCCAGAGCAGGUGGAGGAGGCCCAUGAAGAUGAGCCGGAGCAGGAUGUCGACGAGGAUGUCACCCCACACUCACCUUCGGACGACGCGUCCAGCCCGGAAAAGCCACUACAGCGCAAGAGCAGCUUCACUUUCAGCGCGUUGCCAGCACGCGAGCCACUCACGGCAAAACGCAGUAUUGGUGGACGUGCUAGUCAGAUCGAGGCAACACGCAACAGCGUACUCGCGCGAUCAUUUGGUGCGAAGAGCUUGGGCGUGAGAGAUACUGAGGAUGAUACGGCCACGCAGGAAAUGCCAGAGGCAUCAAAGGCGCACCAAAAGACCACGACUCAGCUUCUUCACGAGAGGAUCACGAUGUUGGGCAAGACCAAGGAGCCGCGGAUGUCUAAGAGUAUCUCGCAGAAUAUGUUGGGUGCAGCGACAUACCCCAAGUUGCCAGUCGCUGAGCCCGAGACGGAAAAGGACGUAGACAUGGAGGUAGACGAAGACGAGGAUGACUGGAUUGCUCCCUCCAAGCCUCAACCUGCGGCUCCCGCACCUGUGGUCGUUACGUCAAACACUCCACAAGGCUCUCCAGCACGCCCACCGAUGCAUCAGAAGUCCAUUUCAGCCGCAGUCAUACCAUCACCGAGCAGGAUGGCAAUGACGACCGCUCACCAAAAAGCACAGUCAGUAUCAAACCCAAGCCUGGCAAAUGUGGCUGGGACAACCACCCCAUUCGGCUCGCCAAUGGGCAAGAAGCAUCACGAAGGUCCUCUCAGCGCAUCAAAGAACAAGCUCUGGUCUGCUCUCAAAUCAGCAAAGAACAUCUUCGCUUCUUCUGCCAGCGCCAGUGCAGCUGCGAAGUUGGAAGCCCAUAACUCGUCUGCCAUCCACAGAUCACCGAAGCGUGACCUCUCGGGCGAGUCGAAGACUGCUGCCGUCUUCAACAUGCCAGGAGCACUUUGGUCGGAGCGACAACUUCGCCAUAGCCCGUCGAAGCCCGACUCGAUCAUUUCGGCCAGCCCUAGUCGAAAGACCAGAAGCUCGAACGAAAGCGACAGGAAGCGAGAGAAAGAGCUCAAGGCGCAGCAAAAAGCCGCAGACGAGCUUGAGAAGGUGAGAGAGAAGGAGAGGCAAAAGGCUGCGAAGCAAUUGGAGGCACAACGCAAGGCAGAUGAGGCUCAGGCUGAAGCUGAGAGGAAGGAACAGGAGAGGCUGGCUGCUGCUGCUGCGAUUGCCGCUGCUGCACAGGCCGAACGACCAGUAUCUUCUGGUAGUGAUCAUGCCGAAACAGCUCCACCGCCACCACCGAAGAGCAUGUUGCCUGCUGGUAAGCUUAGAGCUCCAGGACGAUUGAUGAGGCCUGCGAAGGCUGAGACUGCCACAAGACCAGCACCCGUGGCCAUUCGGAUCGCUUCACAGUCACAACGCAUGGGCCAAGCUGGCAAUGCUGCGCUAUCAAAAUCUCAGCAUGAGAGUCUCGCACCGCCACCAAAGACUGGCUUGCGUACGGCGUCAUCACAAAACAGUAUGAGGAGCUCAGUCGCGCCCAACAGUGCUCGUGUUAAGGCUCUGGAGGCAGCGGCUCGCAAAAAGGAAGCCGACGAGAAGGCGGCGGCAAGGAAGCUAGAACAGAAGCGCGAGCUUGAACGCAAGCGUGCUGCUAAACUCGAGGAAGAACGCCGAGCAGAAGAGGAGCGCAAAGCAGCGGAACAAGCACGCAUCCAGGAAGCACGACUUGCUGCCCAACGGAAAGCCGAGGCUCAAGCUGCUGAGGCUAGGAGGAAAGAGCAGGUUCGCCUCGAGCAGCAGCGUGCUCAGGAAGAAGCACAGAAGGCAAAGGCGGCUCACGAGCUGGCUGAAGUCAUCAAGCGCGAACGCGCCCAGCAAGCACCCCCUCAUGCUCGUGGAGACGUUGGUGGAACUCUACGACAGCUUGCGAAGAACACUGUACCCGAUCACUCUCAGCAACAAGGCGGCAACCGAGCACCCUUACAGCCGAAUCCUGCGAAGCCGGCGAAGCGUGUCUUCCAGCCCGAAGAAGAUGAGCUGUUGCAUGUCCAACAUACUGCUGCCCAGGCACAAAGACCAGGUAUGCCACGGGGACCACCCAGCUACCAACAGAAUGAUGCGAAGAGGCGACGGACGAAUGAGGAGGAGCAAGGUGGGCAGGCGGAACGGCAUAGUGUUAUGGCGCCACCGAAGCGACCAUCGAAUAUGCGGAAGGAGAGCACGUUAAGCAAGUUCCCUCACGGCUACGCCCAUGCUCCACCACCUGCAGCUCACCACGGUGGCGCCGGUGGAAGCAUGUUCAAGUCGACAGUCACAGCCCAACACCAGCUCCAUCAUGGCGCGAAACCCGCACAUCCGAGCCAAACCGUCCAGAUGUCCAACGCCCGCAUCCCGUUUGCAGAAAACAACAACCCACCCGCCACAACAUCUCAGCAGUACCAACAACAAACCUACUCCGGCCACGAAAACACUCACCCAUCAGCCCAACAACAGAACAAAUUCAAGACCCCCGCCCGACCAGCCCAAGCCCCCAAAUCCGCCAAAUCCUCCCCCCUCUACCCCAACGGCGACGCCAUCCAACUCCCCGAAAUCCUAACCGACUCCGAAGACGAAGAAGACGACGAAGACGAAGCCCCCGGCGGCGGAGGAGCAGGCUUUAGAGCCCCCUCCUGGGUCGCCUCCCCCGCCCUCCGCGACCUGCUCACAUCCCAACAACUCAUCGACCCGGAAUCCGUCUUCGGUCCCAUCGGGGAAUUGAAAAUGGAAGAAGUGUUUAAAGGGGGGAAGAAUGCGGAGAGGAUGAAACGGUUUAGGGAUCGUGGGUCUAGUGCAGCAUGGGUGGAAAGUGGAGAUGCUGUUACCAGUGCGGAGAAGAGGAGGGAUUUGGAGGGGCGGGAGAGGUUGGUUCGGGAGGGGGGUUGGAGAUUCGAUGCUACUCGCUAA